AAUGCAGGUGAUCCAAGGACGUAUGACCCAGAUUUCAAGGGGCCUGUUGCCAACAGGAGUUGUACAGAUGUUCUGUGCUGUAUGAUCUUCCUACUGUGUAUUAUUGGCUACAUUGUUUUAGGACUUGUGGCCUGGGUACAUGGGGACCCCAGAAGAGCAGCCUAUCCUACAGACAGCCAGGGCCACUUUUGUGGCCAGAAGGGCACCCCCAAUGAGAACAAGACCAUUUUGUUUUACUUUAACCUGUUACGCUGUACCAGUCCCUCCGUGUUGCUAAACCUACAGUGCCCUACCACACAGAUCUGUGUCUCCAAGUGCCCAGAAAAAUUUUUAACCUAUGUGGAAAUGCAACUUUUGUACACAAAAGACAAAAGCUACUGGGAAGACUACCGUCAGUUCUGUAAGACCACUGCUAAGCCUGUGAAGUCUCUCACACAACUUUUACUGGAUGAUGAUUGUCCAACAGCGAUUUUUCCAAGCAAACCUUUUCUCCAGAGAUGUUUCCCUGACUUCUCUACCAAAAAUGGCACUUUAACAAUAGGAAGUAAGAUGGUGUUUCAAGAUGGAAAUGGAGGGACAAGAAGUGUUAUAGAACUCAGGGAUGCUGCAAAUGGUAUCAAUAAACUUCUUGAUGCCAAGUCACUUGGAUUGAAAGUGUUUGAAGACUAUGCAACAACUUGGUAUUGGAUUCUCAUUGGCCUGACGAUCGCCAUGGUCCUUAGUUGGAUAUUUUUGAUACUUCUGAGGUUCAUAGCUGGAUGCCUCUUCUGGCUCUUCAUGAUUGGUGUGAUUGGAAUUAUAGAUUAUGGAAUAUGGCACUGUUACCAGCAGUACACCAAUCUUCAGGAACGCCCAAGUUCUGUAUUAACUAUCUAUGACAUUGGGAUUCAGACUAACAUAAGCAUGUACUUUGAACUGCAACAAACAUGGUUCACAUUUAUGAUAAUACUCUGCAUCAUUGAAGUGAUUGUCAUCCUCAUGCUGAUCUUCCUCAGGAAUCGAAUCCGAGUCGCCAUUAUCCUGCUGAAGGAAGGAAGCAAAGCCAUUGGAUACGUUCCUAGUACAUUAGUCUAUCCAGCUUUAACUUUCAUUUUGCUCUCAAUCUGCAUUUGCUACUGGGUCGUGACAGCAGUUUUCUUGGCGACAUCAGGGGUACCUGUAUACAAAGUCAUAGCUCCAGAGGGGCGUUGCAUACAUGAAAAUCAAACCUGUGACCCAGAGAUUUUUAAUACAACUGAAAUUGCCAAAGCUUGCCCUGGGGCUCUGUGUAACUUUGCAUUCUAUGGUGGAAAGAGCUUGUACCAUCAAUACAUCCCUACCUUCCAUGUAUACAACUUGUUUAUCUUUCUCUGGCUUAUAAACUUCGUCAUUGCAUUGGGUCAGUGUGCCCUUGCUGGUGCAUUCGCUACUUAUUACUGGGCCAUGAAAAAACCUGAUGACAUCCCACGAUAUCCACUUUUUACUGCAUUUGGACGAGCCAUACGAUAUCACACUGGCUCCCUAGCAUUUGGAUCUUUGAUUAUUGCAUUAAUUCAAAUGUUUAAAAUUGUCCUAGAAUACUUGGACCACCGUCUUAAACGUACCCAGAACACAUUUUCUAAAUUCCUACAGUGCUGCCUGAGAUGCUGCUUCUGGUGUUUGGAAAAUGCAAUAAAGUUUUUAAACAGAAAUGCCUAUAUUAUGAUUGCAAUAUAUGGCAGAAACUUCUGCAGGUCAGCAAAAGAUGCUUUCAAUCUGCUGAUGAGAAAUGUUUUAAAAGUUGCAGUUACAGAUGAAGUUACAUACUUCGUAUUAUUCCUGGGGAAAAUUCUAGUUGCUGGAAGUAUAGGUGUUCUGGCCUUCCUGUUCUUCACACAAAGACUGCCAGUGAUUGCACAAGGACCAGCAUCUUUAAAUUACUACUGGGUACCUUUGCUGACGGUCAUUUUGGGGUCUUACCUGAUUGCACAUGGGUUCUUCAGCGUCUAUGCAAUGUGUGUUGAAACGAUUUUCAUCUGCUUCUGUGAAGAUCUGGAAAGAAAUGAUGGAUCUACAGAAAAACCCUACUUCAUAACCCCUAACCUGCAUGGAAUUCUGAUCAAGAAGCAACUAGUUGCCCAGAAGCAGAAAGAGUAGAAAAGCUCCAAACAGUGUCACUCACUUUUAAGUAGAAGUUGUGUAAAUUAGGUUGAUUGUAAUUUGGAAAUGUUGCUUUUGAGGAAUGUGAAAUUUCUGUGCUUAAUUCUAAGAAGUCAGCACCUGCUACCACCUGAGGUGUCAGGUAUCUGAUGACGUUAGCUGCUGUCUACUUUAUAGACGGUGGUCCCAGCUAAAGAUCAAAAUGUUAAUGUCAAACGUUUUUUAAAAUCUGUAGCCGAGAGUGUUUUAAUAACUUUUAUAACUCAGCGUGCUGUUUCCAUUGCAGCACUUUAAUAGCCUUUCUUUUUAUAAGUGUAUAUUUGUAAAGGAUAUUCAGGCAAUUUUUGAAAACACUAUAAAUGUGUAAUUAAUUAGCCAUAAAAUAUUGAUUUAUAGUUAACCAGCAUAUGGUACUAAAUUUGUAAAUAUGGUGCUAUGCUUAUAUUUAUACUGUUCAAGCUGGUGGACAACUCUCUAAACUGUGAUUAAACUUGUAUUAAUGGUUCCCUAGGAAGUAUAUUUCAGUGAGUCAUGUCCAUAACAAACAUAGAUGUUAAUGUUAUAUAGGUUCUACGGAGAGCAUUGCUGGGUAAAAAAUACUGUGGAACCUUCAGAGCCCAUUCUGUUUUAGGGAAAUCAUGUUUAUAUUGAAGUCAAAUCUGAGUUCUGGAGUGUCAUUUUCAACAACAUGAACCUCUGUCCAUGGUGAAAAUAUUCUGAACGAAACUGAAAUUGUUACAUAACUCAUGCCUUUUGUCUUUAACCCAAAUUUCUUAUUCCCACUAUAUAGAAAAUCAAUAUGAAUUUGUUUCAGAAGAGUGAUUAUAUCUUUUCAUGAGCACACCUGUAUUUCUAGAUUAAAGAGAUUGUGGGGCUUUGUUCUGCAAAAGGUUUGAUUUUGUCUCACCGUUCAGUGAGGGAAGAGAAAAGUAAGACACUUCAGAUUUUACCCUAAGGAAAUAUACUGUUGGCCCUCCAUCAUCUAAUACCUUUAUAAGGGCACACUGCAGGUCAGGAACUCUUCCCCCUGCAGGGCUUAGGAGGAAAGCUGUUGCCACCUGCCACCCCUGGCUGCCUGAGGUUUCUGAUAGUCAUGUGUAAGUUUUGAAUGGCAGAACAAAGCAUGAAUCACACACACCUUGCCUAGCCAUCCCCCGUGUGCAAAUGUGUAUGAUGUGGUUAACCGUGUAAAAAUGCACCCCAAAAGGAGCAUUGAAUCAAUUUGUAUUUUCUUGGCUUUUACCUUAAACUUGUGUAUAAGGAUUAUUUAUGUAUUGACAGAAAGGAACAUGUUGAUCUGAAUAUCACUCAUAUAUCCAAGAAAAGAGUCAGAAAUGUAUUGUUGUGUUAUAGAUUGAUCUAAAUACGUAUUAAUUAUCUUCAAGUGUAGACACCUAGAUUUAAACUGACUCUGUGGCAGAUUAAUUAAUAGCAAUAAGCCAAUGAAUAGGGAAGAUUUUUAGUAUCUAAUGACUACCAGCUUGUUCUUGGCUUACAUUCUUGAGAUUAUUGUAUUCAAAAGUGUCCGUUGGCUUCACAUUUUGGCAAAGAGCCUUCUGCAUUCUUAUUCUCCUUGAAGCGUAAUGCAGAUAAUGACAAUUUAUCUUUCUAGAUUAUUAUUCUUUUAUUAUUCAACAAGACAAAGGCCACAACAAAGGACUAGUAGAAUAGUGACCUCUACCUGAGAAUUUGUUAUAACUAUAGAUGUUUGUGCUCUGCCCAAGAGAUUCUGAUAUACUGUGAUUUGAUGUGAGCCACGAUGUGAAUUAUUAUAAAGUUCUCUAUUUGAUUCUGAUAACAUAAAUGUUGAAAAAUUGGCCAGGUGUGGUGUCUCACACCUGCAAUCCCAGCACUUUGGGAGUCCAAGAUGGACAGAUCACUUGAGCCUAGGAGUUCCAGACCAGCCUAGGCAACAUGGUGAAACCCCAUCUUUAUAAAAAAUAUAAAAAUUAGCCAAGUGUGGUGGCGCACACCUGUAGUCUCAGCUACUUGGGAAGCUGAAAUGUGAGGGUCACUUGAGCCCAAGAGGUCGAGGCUGCAGUGAGCCAUGAUCACACCACUGCACUUCAGCCUGGGUGACAGAGCAAAACCCUGUUUUAAAAAAAAAAGUUGAAAAAUCACUUGAAUAAAAGAUAAAUCAACACAUAAACUAGUUGCCAAUUUAUAUUAUGAGCUAACGUCUAGUCAGAAAAAUAUUCUCCAUUUACUACUUAUUUGUGUAAUUGAAAUAUGUAGAAUAAAAAUGAGCAUUGUUUUUGAGAAGAUAUUUAGAAGCCAUUUUCUUACAAAGCAAUUAAACUAAAAACUGAAAAACCAGGGCAAUGUUCCUCAAAAUUUGCAGUUGAUGUGUUUGAAAUCUAAAAUUUCACAAUUUUUAUUUUUCAAGGCUAUACCAUCUAAAUUAUUGAUGGCAAAACAAAAUCAAUUUUAAACAAAUAUAGUAAUUUAGCAAGGAAAUUAAAAAAAGAAGGUGAAAGUUAUUUUCUCAAUCAUGCAACUGAGAGACACGCAAUAUUGGCAGAAUCUAACCUGUUACACAGAAUGAAAUAAUAGCUUACUGACAUAAUCACAAGGGCUGAUUGUUUUCUCAUAACUAUGUUUACAAUAAUGUUGAUGCCAAACUAUGCUGUUUAAAAAACAAAAAAACAAAAAAAAGGAUUUUGAACUGCUGUAAAGCGAGUAUACAGCAGAUGGCGAUGUUACUUCUCUUACAGUUCUGCUUUGAUAUUUACUCUGUACCAUUCUUCCUCCUAGUGGAAGAUUUAGAAAGAAAUGAUGGUUCUACUGCAAGACCUUAUUAUGUGAGUCAACCUUUGCUGAAGAUUUUCCAGGAGGAAAAUCCACAAACUAGGAAGCAGUAGAAGAGCAAACUGGUCGUCCUACAGCUGUGUGUUACCUUUUCUCCAUCUGCUGUGUCCGUGCAACAUUUGUUUCCUAAGUGCUUUGUGUUUAGCAACACUGUAUUCACGACCUUGUUGGCUUGCAUUUGCAUGUUUUAUACCAAAGCUUAUACUGUAAUAUGUGAAGCCAUCAGAAGUCGCAAGGGAAUUGUUAAUAACAUAAAACAUUUUUAUACUAAGAUCAUUUGUUUUGUAAUUCAUUUUUAAAGAGUGGCUUGGAUGUUUUGAAAAUACUACUGAAUAUGUUAAUAUUCUUUUAAAUCUUAGAUUGAAAAAUGAUACAUUACUUAAAUUGAUAGCUCCUAAUAUAUUUUUAAAAUUACAACUAACAGACUUCUUCUGCAGGGAAAAUUGGUCAGCAAAGUGAAAUUAAAAAUUUUAAAGUUUUUCCCACUCUUGUUGGACAGUAGAUCAGUGAAAGGACUGCCCCACUUCAGAGUUUGCUCUCUUUAAGUAUAGAAUGUUUCCUUUUAAACAAAUUGCCAAUCAUCCAGCCUUUACUACUUCGCCCUCUAACAAAGUGCCUUACUGGCUAUUUAAUAUUACCCAGCUUUUAUGGGCAAGUUUACAAACAUUGUUUUUUAAAAAAUUAAAACCUGCAAUGUUUCGUGAUUAAAACAAGUCUUAUUGCAUUUGUUUCACUCUUAGCUCACUGAUUGGAAAACAUUUGUCAUUUUGCUCUGUUUGAUAUCCUCACUAUUAUGGAAUACAUUGUGCAGCUAAACAAUUUCCCUUGCGCCUAGUGGACAUUCAUGAAUGUGUACUACACGCAAGAAGAAACAAACCCCGAAAGAACACUUGUUGGAUUUGUUUUUUUUUACUAAAAGAGAAGUUUUGAAAUAAAAUGUUUUCUAUAGUAGAUCUUUGAAAAUACAAUAGGUAUAAUACUGCAUUUCUCAGUGUUUUACAAAGAUCAGAAAGAGAAACUUCUAGGAAUUACAAAGGGAAACUUUACUCCUCGAAAGGGUGCUCACAGAUGUUACAUACUGAACAGCUCCCUUUUAAAUGAUCAUUUAUUUUCAUCAAAGCCUGUUCUAUAUAUGCCCUUUCAUUUUCUAACGUUUGGUAUGAAAAAAUCAGUUUACUUACAGUAUGUUAAUUGUAUUGUGCUACUAUAAACAGGAACAUAAUUUCCAAUUCAGUUUUAAAUAAUUUUACCAGUACUACUAACUUUUAAGGAAAUUAAUUCAGUUGGUUACUCAGUGUUACAGAAACAGUCCAUAAAAGUAUUCACCCUAAGAGAAUGUCAAUCAUAUAAUGAUAAUUUGUGAAGCUUUGAGAAUCAAUCAUCAGUAAGUUACCAUCAGUUUAUAAAACAUUAUCACAUUUGUUUAAAUGUGACUUUAGAUACUUUUAUGCCAAAAAUAAACUCACAUGAGCACAUGACAUUCUGAGCUCUAUAAUCAGUGUGCUUCUGCUGUGCAGAAAUGUUAGAAACGUAUUGUCUAAAUAUCUUUGAUAAUUAAAAUGUUUAAUAUUUAAUGAAAUUUGUUGUUACUUAUUGUUUUAAAUCUGUUUUUUCUUUUAAUAAAGAUUUAAAUAAGAAA